GUGCCGCAUUGUUUUCCUGCUGUUGUCGACGCGAGUAAAAUUUUUGUCCAACUGCCAAAAAAAACUUCAAAAAUUGAAUAACACAUAAUUUAAAUUCGUACUAGGAACAAAAUUGGACACAAUCCGAAAGCUAAGCGAGAAGUGAAAUAAAGAAAUAAAGUAUAUUGCUGAGUUAAAUGCUUUGAAAAGCUUGUUCGCAAAUAAACAACCCAAGUUACCCUACACAAAAUUCACCGAAAAAAUUAUGUAUUAUCAGAAAGGCAAAAAAAUAAGACUAUAGACAUGAUAAGUUGCUCAUGAGUGUUCGAAAAAUAGCUGAAUCAUUGGAAAAAUUAUCGCCCUGAGAACAGAAACUAAUCACCCGCUCCCUGCACUCCAACAUGCUGAAUAGCCGGAGCCCCCCUCAGUACAAGCAGCAUUCCCCGGGGGGCUCCGUCGGCUCCGUCGGUUCCGCCGGUUCCAUCAGCUCCGUCAAUUCCACCAGCUCCGCGGCCCAGUUGCUGGGUCACUACCAAUCCGCCUACGGACAACAGGGCCAACACUCGCACGCCUGCUACCAGCACCAAUUGCAGCAGCAACACCAGCAGCAGCAGAAACAUCAGCAAUACCAUCACCACCAGCAUCAUCACCACGGAGGACGCACCUCGCUCACCCCCACCAUGAAGCGGGGCAAGAAGCAGUGGGGCACCAGGGAAAGAUCCGGCAUGAGUUUCCUCAUCGUCAUCACGUUCUUCGCCGUCUUCGGAUUGAUCAUACUGACCGAGGUCUUCAUGAUCGACGAGCGGACCCACAGCGGCAUGCUGGCGAUGCGGGCGGGCGGAGGAGGAGGUGCCAGUCUGGGCGGACGGAUGGGCGACUCGAUGCCGGAUUAUGAUAAUGUUAAGGACGAUUACGAUCUAUUGGAUGCCAGCAUUUUGAGUGAUAAUAAAUUAGGAUUUAUACAGCUGCGUGACAAUAAACUGAAAAUUCAAGAAGCCGCAGGCGCCGAUGGCCAGCGCUUGGCAGGAAUACUCCUCAAUGGCGGCGGGGGCGGUGGAGCGGGAGCGUUCGGUGUGAAUGUACCGCUCAUACCCUGGGGCCAGGUGCUGCCCGGCAAGGUGGAGGAGACGCUGCCCCACUUCCCAUUUGGCACUCGGCCCACGGACGGCGCCUGGCAGGUUGUCAACGGCACCCGCUUCAAGUUCUUUGUCUACUCCGCCUACUUCGAUCGGCGAGAAGGAGCGCGCCUGGUGCGAGUGGUGGGUGCCACCAAGACGAGGGGACCGGAGCGGGUCUGGUGCCGGUUCUGGUACGGACCGAGUGCUGCCAAUGCCUCGGAUGGGGGCUCCUCCUCCUCGACACGUGCCAAGUACUCCUCGGCCACUGUGAUGGCCCGCGUCAAGAUCAUUCGCGAGAACUGGAAUCUGAAGUACAGCGCCUGUUUUAUCCUGUGUCCGGUGCGAACUCCUCCCCUGGCCGUUCCCCAUUUUGUGAGCGUGGUGUCCCGCUUGCGGGCUCCUCCGGGUAAUCUACUGAUCUUGCGAAACACCGAUCAGGAUGCGGAUUUUUCGCCGAGUACGGCGCGCAAUGCGAGUGCCAGGAAAGGAUUGCCCGUGGGUCGGCCUCCGCCGAGUGGCGAUAACAUACCCGAUCGUAUAGCCGUCUGCGUGAAACCCUUACAUUUUAACUACGAUCAAGCGCUAUAUCUGAUGGAAUACCUGGAGUUCUACGCCCUGCUGGGUGUCUCCCACUUCACCUUCUACAACCACACCUUGGGACCGCACGCCUCCUGCGUCCUGCAGAGCUAUCAGCAGGGCCUGGUGCCUGGAAAUCUUACCGCCCAUGAUCUGGAACCGCUGCUGCCAGCGGAUGCGGCCAAUAAUGCCACGCCCCGCGUUCUUAGGACGCAGUACGAACGACCCACGGUCAGCAUCCUGCCGUGGAACCUGCGCAUGCGCAGCCAGAAGGAGAUCCGCACCGAAGGACUCUUCGCGGCCCUAAACGACUGCCUCUACCGCACCAUGUAUCGCUACAAGUAUCUGGCCCUGGUCGAUCUGGACGAGUUCAUUGUCCCCCGCUACUCGGACACGCUUAACGAACUCAUUAGAUCUCUGAACCAGCGCUUUCGCAAUCGCAACACUGGAGCCUAUUCCUUCCAGAACGCUUUUUACUAUCUGCAGUUUGCCGAUGAUAGUCUGGCCAGUUCGGGAAUAGAGGGUGGCAAUGACCAGUUGGCCAGUGUGCGGGCUUCUCUGGUCACCCAACGAAAGACCCGCAGGCGCUAUAAGCUGCAUCCGCAAAAGCAGCGAUCCAAGUACAUCUGCAAACCAGAGGCAGUUGUCGAGGCGGGCAAUCACUUUGUGUGGGAAUUCGCUCCGGGAAAAGGAUCCCUCAACGUUCCGCCGAAGGAGGCCAUUUUGCAACACUAUCGGGUUUGUGAGUUCGGUGGCAACGACUGCAUCAAGGCGCCCUCAAUAGUGGAUCGUACGACCACGAAGUAUGUAAAUCGCCUAGUCCAGCGGGUGGAUGCUGUCUACCGUCAUCUGCGCCAGCGUUGCGAUCUUCCUGCCUUGCCCCCGCUGCCCAAGACCAUGGAGAAGCCCAAGGAAAUGGCCAAAGAGAAGCCCAAGGAAGAUGCCAAGGAGAAGCCCAAGUUGCUGCAGAAGAUGCGAGAAUCGAAAGCGAAGGACCCUCGAUCCCUGGGUGUCACAACGAAGGAGAGCUUAAUCAAAGGAAUGGCUGUCACAGCUGCCCCAACAACCAAAACAACAACGACGACGAAGGCAACAACGAAAAAAGUGACAACGAAGAAACAGCAGCUGCAGAAAUCCCUCCCGGUCACCACGCCCAUGAUCACUACCGCAAGGACUUCAACAGCCCCCAAACAAUCGCAUCCUUCGGCCAAUGUCCGCAAGAAACGGAAGUUGAUCGUCUUCGAGAUCAAUGAUUUCGGGAUCCCCGUGGCCCGGGUGGAAUACCAAUGAGAUAGGGACUUGGCUGGCAACAUUUAGAUGGGGCUUUUGGUUCGUUUCUGUGCCAAUUAGUUUGAGAUUAUAUUUUGGUUGUGCUCCGCUGCGGUUAAUCAGAAUGCUCAACAAUCGAACUGACCCUUACGAUUUAAGUACACUUAUUUGCUCACCCUAGAAGUAAAACGCCGCACGCAUUUGAGUAAGCCCAAAGCAAUACCACAAGAUUUUAGCAAUACGAUCUCGAAGCAACGACAUCAGCAAAUACGAAUACAGUAUAGACAACAUAUUUGUUUACACGUUAUUACAUCUAAAGUCCUUUGAAUACUUUUUGAGUCCUAAAGAAUAUUUUCCAGUUAUCUAAAUUUUGAACUUAUCAAACAAAAAAUUAUUUUGAAAUAUUUUUGAUUCCAACCAGGAGCAGGUUAUAAAAACGUGAGACUUACAAAAGGUCGCUUUUUGUUUCCGAAAUGCACAAAAAAUACUCAGACAAUGCUAGAUAGAAGCAACUAAUAAAAUUAUAAUCACUAAUGACA